CGAUCAAACUGUGAUUAUGGUAACACUUUAUUGCAAUUGGACUCACUUAGUCUAGAUUAUUUCCCCUUUAAAUGUAAACCUACAUCAGAGGUGUCACUGAGAGUAAACCCCCCACACUCUAGAAGGAAUAGAGAGAGAGAGAGAGAGAGAGAGAGAGAGAGAGAGAGAGAGAGAGAGAGAGAGAGAGAGAGAUAAAGAGGGAUUACAACUCAAUGGGUUGUGGUAAGGCUGACGGAGAGAGAUGGACUCGAGGAUAUGAGGCUACCAGGCAGACAGGACACACACAGCCACGGUUUUAGAGACGCUUCUGUUUGGAAGCUCAGAUUCUGUAAGUACUUUAUGAUUCUGCGUGCUUUGUGAACGUCUAGAUGCUUGCCAUGGGGCUGGGUCAUUUGUCGGCGAUGGUUCUUGGUUCGACUCCCAAUGGAAAAGGUACCUUGUUUGAUCCACAAUGGCCAUGACCCUACCCUGUAGGCCUUCUAGAGAGAGUGGCCGCCUCACCCCUCUACCUACUCAGUAAUGACGUAUCUGAUUCACUGUUCGUUGUUUAGAUAGAAGUGACUGCUUAAUAAUAUGUGAGAUAUGUACUGAUCCACGUAUGGAUCUACUUGGGCCUUUCAGAUGCACUUAAGCCGCAACCCACAUAGACACGGACAACCAUUUCUGGUUUGCUGGCAUUGAUGCACAUUAUUGUGUUUAUUGCUGAAGUGUAGAAAGAAAGCGGGUCGCUCUUCCUUUGUAUUGCUGAUUUGAACCAUCUGUUGUUGAAAAGAUCCAUCCUACGAUACUACAGGACUGUUGAUUGGACAGUCGUGUGAGGAAGCCUGUUGAUUGGCUGGGUCCCAGCCGGCCCGCUGUGAUGUCACCGGUGGCGGACGAGACCGCCGGGGACCUUCCUGUGAAGGAUGUGGGGCUGACGAGAUGGGGACUGAUGCCGAGCGGCCCAGACUCGGUCCGUGACCUGAAACCAUGGAAGAAACCCCAAAUGAUGAAGGUUAAAGACCGCCAGCGUCUGCUCCGGGUUCCCCGGGACCAGCUGGAGGACCAGUGUCUUCGCCUGCAGGAGGAGAACAUUGUGCUGAGACAGCACACACGCACCCAGGAGCUGAGGUUGCGAAGGAUGUCCACCAGGCUGAUGCGCCUCCGGGACUCCCGCGGCGGGUCCGAGACGUUCAGGGAGAGGGACACGGAGGCCACCAUCCAGGACCUGGAGACGCGUGUGGCCACCCUGGAGGGCCAGAAGGGGGUGCUGCAGAGCAAACUCAGCCUGGCCCGCCAACACCUCCUCGACCUAGGGGGCCGCAGCCACUACAGACAGGGCAAAGGUCGUGGAGCGGACGGAGAGGGCGGAGUCAGGAGGGCGGCCCAGACGGCCCCGCCCCGCUACGGCGGCCCCCAGGAGGACCCCCGGGGGGAGAUAGAGAGACUGUCCAGCGUGGUGGAGAGCCAGCAGGGCCAGGUGGUGGAGCUGGAGGCGGUGGUGCAGGCGCUCCGGGACCAGCUGCAGGAGAAGGAGAGGGAGGUGGACGAGGUGGACGAGGCCACGCGGGGAGCCAGGAGACAGCAGGCCCAGGGCCACAGGGCGACCAUCAGGGACAACGUGGACCUCAUUAGGCUCCAGAAACAGCUGACGGAGACGACCACCGCCCUGAGAGUCACACAGGAGAAGUUCCAUGACCUGCAAGAGGCCUAUGAAAACCAGCUGGAGGAGGGCCAGAGGGGGGCGCAGCAGAGCCAGGGGGCGCUGCUGGGCCGUCUGGAGGAGCAGAACGAGGAGCUGAGCCGGGAGAGGAGGCGGACCCUGGGCCUGGAGGGACAGCUCACCACCGCCGCACUGGCCAUGCAGACCCUGCAGGAGCGCCAAGAGAGAAUAUCGGACCUGGAGGGAGAAAGGCGUCUGCUGAAGGAGAGCUAUGACAGCCUACUGCAGAGUACCUUAUCAGCCAGAGGAGGGCGCCAAAACACGCACGGACAAAACGACGGCGGGACAGAGGAAGUCGACCCAAACGGGAGCGAAGAAAUCUUGAAGAAGAGGAGAAAGGAGGGGGAGAGGGAGAAGGAGCUGCAGAGACAGGAGGAGACAAUCCGCCUGAUGGCCGAGGAGAGAAGGACGCUGGAAGAGGAGAUGGAAAGACUGAGAGGGGAGAAGGAGGCGUUAGAGGAACGGAGGCAAAGUGGAAGAGGGUCGUCUGAGAUUCCGAAGGAGAGACCUGAUCUUCUACAACAGGAGCUCCAGCUGUCCAAUGAACAAGUCACCUUCCUCCAGACUCAGCUGGACUCAGUCAGUCAGGCGUUUGACAUGAGUGUGGAGGACCUGAGUGAAACCCUCUUGCAGAUCAAGGCCUUCAGGCUGCAGCAGGAGGGCCGGCAGGGCCUGGUCUUCCUGGAGGCUGUGGGGGGGAGCGGCGGCGGGGGAGACCCCGGCCAGGGGCUGGGGGAGGCACAGGCCGCCCACGCCGAGACCGUCAUGGAGCUCGGCAAGACCAGGGAGAUGCUGCUGCUGGAGCACCGCAUCGCCACCGGCCUGCAGGAGGAGUUAGACACUGUGAACCACAAGAGGGAGACAGAGAGGGAAGAGAGCAGGAGGAGAGUCGGGGAGAAAGACAAACUGCUGUCCAAGAGGGCUCUUCAGAUCAACACCCUACAAGCCCAACUGAAAGAAUUGGCGUACAGCCCCAGGAACUACAAGCGGAGCAUACCAAUCCAGUACACCUGGCCAGGGGGGGACCAAGAGGUGGUACAGCCCAUCGAGGACGACACCUCCUUCUCCCAGCUCAGGCCGGGGGAGUCCAUGUUGGAGAUUCACCUGAAGGACGCCACCUUCACCCCGGGGGGCCACCGGGCCCUGGGGGGGGCCCCGGGCCAGGACCCGGUCACCUUCUGCACCUACGCCCUGCUGGACUACGAGGUGCACUGCACCCCGCUGGUCUCGGGGCCCCGGCCCAGCUACGGCUUCACGUCCCGCUACGCGCUGUCGGCCCGCGACCUGGCCCGGCUGGGGGGCCGCGGCGGGGGGGCCGGGGUCCGGGUGGAGCUGCACCAGACGGCGGGCGGGGUCCGGUUCCUCACCCUGGGCGGGGGGUGGAUGGGGCUGGCGGGGGUGCUGGAGAGGAGGGGGGAGCGGCUGGCUGGGAGCGUCACCAUGACGGGCUCUGAGGGGGACAUCGUGGGCGUGGUCGACUACUGGGUGCGUCUGUACCCCCCCGCAGAGCCCGUGGACGUCCCGGCGGACAGGAUGAUGUUCAGGGGGUCCGCCACGCAGACGGGCGCCACUCAGACGGGCGCCAGGCAGCUCUUUGUGGGCUGGCAGGACGUCGCACCGGGGGAGCUGUUUGACCACGGCGGAGGGAUACCCAACGAGCUGGUGAUCGCGGUGGAGCGCUGCGUGGGCCUCAGCGCCAGGUGGCCGGGACUACUUCCCGACGCCUACCUGACGUACCGCUUCUACGACCUGCCGCCGCACGUCUCUCCCACGGUGCAGUGCUGCGCCGACCCCGCGUUCGACGACACCGUUAGCUACCCGCUGGCGGUGACGCCCGACGUUCUGCAGUACCUCAGCUCAGGCAGUCUGUGGGUGUACGUAUUUGACGACAGUGACGACCAGGUCCCGCCCAUCUACCUGGCCAAGACCCCCGUGCCCCUCCGCAGCCUGGCCACCGGCCGCGACAUCCGAGGCGACUACGUCCUGAGGGACGCUGCCGGCGGGCCGCGCGGUGUGGUCCGGGUGCUCCUCAAAUGGCGCUACCCUUUCCAACCACCGGGGGGCGCCAAAGCCGCGGUUGUGGGCCCGUCCUGGUCGCAGCAGACGGAGAGAGGGACGGAGAGAGAGGCGUACAGACAGUAUGGCGGUACUGAGGAGAGCCAGCAGAGGGGGACCAGGGGGAGGGAGGAGCAGCAGGAGGGGAUCCAGAGACCGGUUGCCAAACCCAGGGUCAAGAUCCAUACUGUUGAGCCGAGAGAAGCCAUAGCAGUGGUCUCCAAACCUCAGCAACGACAGGCGCCAGUCAAGCUGAGACGACCCCAGGACAGUCCGCUAGUCCGUCCCACCCCUGUGACCUCAUCACCCACGCCCCUGCCACCGCCAAGCCGGAAGCGAACCACCAAGCGAUCACCUGACUCCCCCCGCCCCCCGGACACGCCCCCUCUGGCCUCUGAGCGGCGCCAAGCCACGCCCCUUCGUGCCACAUCCAGGAAGUCCGGGAGAAUCUCCUCAGGGAGAUUGCUCUCUCGCGGAGACUCCACACAGUCUGCUGUGAGCUGUGUCAGCGAUGCAAGGAGUCAGGACAUCAGCCUCUUGGAGCAGGGGUCCAUGGAGCAGGAGGAGAACGAAGGGGAGGAACGGGUCGUCAGCGAGUCCAGCGGCUCGUCUCGGAGCGACGACAUCGUGGUUCCUCCCAUGCGUGAAACCAGGAAGGGAGACAAGCUGAGGGUGGAGAUCCUGUCCCUGACCUUUGGCCCCUCCUCCGAAGUGGCCCGCGACCAAUCGGUGCAGCGCGUCUACGUGGAGUACCGGCUGCUGGGCGUUCCCAUGGCGACCACGGAGACGCCCAUGUCCCUCCGCAAGCCCGCCCUGGGGGAGGAGGUCCACUACAACUUCACCAGAGUGAUCUAUGUUGAUGGGUCCGAGUCGGCCCCCCUCAGGCAGUAUCUCUACACCAUGCUGGAGGGCACCGACCCCAGCCAGGGCAGGUUGAAGUUCACCGUGGUCAGUGAGCCAAUGGAUGACGAGGAGGAGUGUGUGGACGUGGGACACGCCUUCCUGGACCUCCAGGAACUUCUCCUCACAGGAAAUGAUGUCAUCGAACGUCAGAUCGAUAUCGUCAGUGUGGACGAGGAGGGAGACUCUAUCGGUAAGCUGAAGGUCUCCCUAGAGGCAGCCAAAGCUCUGACGGGAAUCUACCGGGAGUUUCACAGGGAGAAAGAGCCAGAGAACGAAGGCCAGACCACCGAAGAAGAGGAGGACGAGGAAGAGGAGAGAGAGGAGAAGAAGAAAAAACCUCAGAUACACGUUGACGAUUAUGACGAAGACAGCGACUUUUUUUAAUUAAUAGAGUUUAAAUGAGCAAUGUUGAAUAGUGAUUUAUUAGUAACUUAUUUUUGGGCAACGAUAAAAUGUUGAUUUACAGAAGAAAGUUGCAAAUAAAAUUGUA